AUGCGGUACUCUUCACUCCUUCAGGUGGCCGCGGCCCUCGUUUCUUUCUCGAUUCCAGCCUUCGCAGCAGACCCUCGCUACUGCGCAAACGGCAACGUUAUCGACGCGAAGGACUUCACCCUCGAAGAACAAGCCGACAACAGCCACCUCGCCGCGCUCUCCAAACACUUCCAGGAUGCCGGCAAGAACGCCAGCGUCUCCGCCGUUCUCUCGUCCGCAAACCGCGCCAUGAGCAAGGGCUCCCCACCCUCCGGUAAUGGAAACCCAUCCGAAGCCUGGGCCUGGCAAUCCGGCGACUACAAGACAACCAAGUGGAUGCCGCAAGGCGUCACCAGCUCCGCCGAUGCACUCGGAAAGGGAGACUGGAAUGACCACGAGGCUUGGGUCGUGAGUUGGUACCAGAAGGAAGGGGGGAAGAAUGUGCGGGUUAGCUUCGUGGAUCGUAAGACUCACGAGUACCGCCACGUUCUGCUUGUUUAUCCCAGUGCGGACGAUGACUUCGAGUCUAUCACCAUCCAUGCGGGCGGGAUCAUGUGGUAUGGGAACAUACUGUAUGUGGUUGACACGAGUAAUGGCAUCCGGGCUUUCGACCUCGACAACAUCUGGGAGGUUGAGACUGGAGAUGGCGUUGGAAAGACGAGUGAUGGCAAGUAUUCAGCUGCUGGAUAUAAAUAUGUCCUGCCUCAAGUUCGCUGGUACAAAUGGACCCCAGGCUCGGACUCCCCCUUCCGCUUCUCUUGGAUCUCGCUCGACCGCAGCGACUCCCCAGACACUCUUCUCGUCGGCGAAUUCGUGCGCGACGGCGAAGUCGACGACAACAACAACCCUGUUCCCAUCCGACUCGUUAAGUACCAGCUCGACACGGAGACGCGCCGUCUGCGCACGAACGACAAGGGCAUUGCAACGGCCAACUGGGCCCACUGCGUCGACAUCGUCAAGGUCCAGGGUGGCAUGUCCCAUGACGGGAAAUUCUAUCUCUCGCGUAGCAAUGGUCGCAACCCCAAGGCUGGUGAUUUGCUUACCUGGGAGGAGGGAAAGACUGCGAAGGAGCAUGCGGGUUUCUUCAUGGCUGGGAAUGAGGAUCUGAGUUAUAACCCCGUGCGCAAGGAGUAUUAUACCGUUACUGAGUAUGAUGGUGGGCGGUACAUCUUGUCCUACAAGGAUUAG